CUUCACUUCUUAUGUAGUCUCUCUCUCUCUCUCAUUAUUUUCUUCAUUUCUCAAAUGCAUUCACAUAAAAUGAAAUGGGGAGAGUAUUUGUUUUGGGCUUUCACUUUUUGGUCUAAAUAUUUAACGGUUGUGUAAUUUGAUUUUUGUUUAGUUAUCAAACAUAUAAUCGACAAACUUGUAAGCAUAACCUAGUCAUGUUUUUUUUUUCUCCCCUAAUCAUUCAUCGUUCAAUUUGAUCGAAAAUUUUGAAGAUUGCCUGUUACUUCAUAAAAAAUGAAAAACAAAGGAAGUAGACUAAACUUUGAACAACUUUUACUAGGCCUUCCUAUAUGCUACUCAAGCAGUAUUGAAUUAACAGGACAACUGAACCUACCUUGAUAUUCUUCAGAGGUUAUCUAACAAACAACGGAAGAGAGAGAUCGAAUUCUGAAAUGUAUGUCUCUAUAUGACUAGUAUAAAUACUUAACUGAAAAACAAAAUAUUCUUGUGAUUUUGACAAGUGCAGAAAUAAGUUUGUCAAAAAGCAAUAUAUAAGGGGAAAAAAAGAUGUGGAAGCUUAAAUUGUCAGAAGGAGACGAUCCAUGUGUUAGAAGUUUGAACAAUCACGUUGGUAGACAAUAUUGGGAAUUCGAUCAGAACGGUGGAACACUUGAAGAGCGAUCUCAGGUUGAAAAUAUUCGUCAACAUUUUCAUAAGAAUCGGUUUCAUGUUAAACACAGUUCUGAUCUCAUAUUGAGACUUCAGUUUGCAAAGGAGAAGAGUAUUGAUAUGAAGUUGGCAAAUUUAGUGAAAAUAGACGGUGAAGAAGAAAUAAGUGAAGAGGCAAAAGUGAUGACAACAUUGAGAAAGGCUUUAAGAUUCUACUCAACUAUUCAGGCUGAGGAUGGGCAUUGGCCUGCUGAUUAUGGUGGUCCAUUGUUUCUUUUGCCUGGCUUGGUUAUAAGUUUAUUCAUAAUGGGAGUGGUGAAUGCAGUGUUAUCAGAAGCGCAUCAAAAGGAAAUACUUCGUUAUUUAUAUAAUCAUCAGAAUAGAGAUGGAGGGUGGGGGUUGCAUAUAGAAGGACAUAGCACCAUGUUUUGCACUGCUCUCAACUACGUGACAUUAAGACUACUUGGAGAAGACGUAAAUAAUGAAGGCAUGGAGAAAGCUAGAAAAUGGAUUAUUGAGCACGGUGGUGUCACUUAUAUUCCUUCCUGGGGAAAGUUCUGGCUCUCUGUACUAGGCGUAUACGAAUGGAGUGGCAAUAAUCCACUACCGCCAGAAUUAUGGCUUCUCCCCUACUUUGUUCCUAUACACCCAGGUCGAAUGUGGUGUCAUUGUCGAAUGGUGUAUUUAGCAAUGUCUUACUUGUAUGGGAUGAGAUAUGUAGGUCCUGUUAGUUCCAUCAUAUUAUCACUUAGAAAGGAGCUCUAUUCAAUUCCCUACCUCGACAUUGAUUGGGACUUGGCCAGAAACCAAUGCGCUAAGGAAGAUUUGUACUACCCUCAUCCUUUAUUUCAAGACAUUCUAUGGGAAGGUCUUCACAAAAUUGCAGAACCUCUUCUCAUGCAAUGCCCACUCUCUAAGUUAAGAAAAAAGGCACUCGAUACUGUGAUGAAACAUAUUCAUUAUGAGGAUGAAAGUACCAACUAUAUUUGUAUUGGACCUGUCAAUAAGGUAUUGAACAUGCUGUGUUGUUGGGUAGAGGCUCCAUAUUCCGAGGCAAUCAAACUUCAUUUUUCCAGAAUCAAAGACUAUCUAUGGCUCGCUGAAGAUGGCAUGAAGAUGAAGGGAUACAAUGGAAGCCAAUUGUGGGAUGUUAGUUUUGGUGUACAAGCGAUCCUAGCUACAAACCUUCCUGAAGAAUAUGGUGUGAUGCUUAAAAAUGCAUACCACUUCAUUAAAGCCUCACAGGUCAGAGAAGGUAGUAGUGGAGAUCCCAAGAAGUGGUAUCGGCAGCGUUCUAGAGGUGGAUGGCCAUUCUCCACUGUAGACAAUGGUUGGAUUGUAUCAGAUUGCACUGCAGAAGCCUUAAAGGCAGCACUCAUCCUAUCUCAGAUGCCAAUAGACGUUGUUGGAGAAGCAAUAGCACCUCAUAAGCUAUGUGAUGCCGUUGAUUUGCUACUCUCUCUUCAGAAUAGCAAUGGUGGAUUUGCUUCGUAUGAGCUAACAAGAUCUUAUGCAUGGCUUGAGAUGAUUAAUCCAUCGGAAACAUUUGGGGAUAUCACUAUUGAUUACCAGUAUGUAGAAUGUACUUCGGCAGUAAUUCAAGCUCUUCAAUCCUUCAAGAAACAUUACCCCAAAUAUCGAGAGAAAGAAAUAGGAGCAUGUAUUAGCAAAGCUCUCUGUUUCAUUCAAAGUAUUCAACUUCCUGAUGGUUCAUGGUAUGGCUCGUGGGGAGUUUGCUAUACCUAUGGAACAUGGUUUGGAAUAAGUGGGCUGGUUGCUGGUGGCAAGACUCAUAAAAACUGCAAAAGCAUCAGAAAAGCUUGUCAUUUCCUAUUAUCCAAACAACUUCAACCUUCUGGUGGUUGGGGAGAAAGCUAUCUAUCAUCUCAACACAAGGUUUAUACGAACAUUGAAGGGAAUAAACCGCACAAUGUCAACACCGCAUGGGCCAUGUUGGCUCUUAUUGAAGCUGGCCAGGGCAAAAGAGAUCCUACUCCACUCAAACGAGCUGCUAAAGUGCUCAUAAAUUCUCAAAUGGAAAAUGGAGAUUUUCCACAACAGGAAAUAAUAGGAGUAUUCAACAGGAACUGUAUGAUAAGCUACUCAGCCUACAGAAACAUUUUCCCCAUAUGGGCACUUGGAGCUUAUCUCAAUCAAGUAUUAUUACCUUCAAAAGAGCAUCAUGAAUAGCCUGUUACACUUGAAAUUACCCCUCAAACCAAGAAUUUCCACAGUAUUGUACAGAUGUAAUGCACACUUCCUUUAGCUUUAUGUCAAACAAUUUAAGGCUUGUAUAUCAUCCCUUUCCUGAUUGCCACGUGUAACCGAAUAAUGAUUAUUAGUGCCUAUUUAGGCGUGUGUAUAUAUGAAAACAUAUGUUAUAUGAUUGUAUUUGUAAUAUUCUAGAAUGUCUUGUAAUUAGUUAGACAGUGUUUUGGGGUACUUGGGAUUGCUUGUUCUUCUGUGUAUAUGAUAUCAAUGAAAAAGGUGAGUUGUUUUCUUGCCCACUGGCCGCGUCUCUUUAUCUG